CCAAAUGAGGUCACAUCAAGGUCAAAUGACAAGGUCAUGAUGAACUAUAUAAUGAGACAUGUUGUGUAAAAAUUUACACAGUUCAGGGUUACUCUUGAAACUCAUCUAGCAAAACAAUUUAUUUUAAUUAUGGCUGAAAAAAUGGUAAUGAUGGAAUUAUUAACAAAUGAUUGUGGAAAUGAGUGUAAAGCAAUGCUUAAAGAAAAGCUGAAAAAAAACAUCACCAUUGUAAUGUCUAGCAUUUUUGCGAUAGUCCUUAUUACAACUUUGUGCAUCACUGUUGGUGUUUUACACGAGAAGAAAACUCCUACUCAGGUAGACUGUGUUUUACACCCUACGUUGGAAAAUGACUUGAUUAAAACAUGUUCAUACGUGGAUCGCUACCCUCUCUCCAAUGAAGUAUAUGUUAUGAUAUGUGCCAACAACACUACAGAGAUUGACAUACGGCGAUAUCAGUCUGGAAAACCAAGUACUGAAGGAAUAACUUUGAGUAAAACACAGUGGCAAUACCUUAAAACAUCAGUAGAUCAUAUUGAUGGAUCUAUUUUAAAAGUACAUAUGUAAAGUGUUGCAGGUAUAACUGUUAGAUUUGUCAAGGAAGAAGGACAACGGACCGAGUCUACAGUCACUGACCUUAUGACACAGUCUACAUCCAAGGGCGAGUCUACAGUUAAGUCACGUGACUUAGAUCUUGUAUAUAUAAACUUUGUAUAUUUUGAAAACUUUCAUCAGUCUUUAACAAACAGCAGACAGUUUCUUGUGAAAUCAAGUCAACAAGAAAAUGGAGCAAAAACACCAAGACCUGAUUAAGAAAAACUACUCGACUUUGGUCAAGAAGAUGAUGGCUGUUCCUGUUUCGGGGCAUCUUUACACCUCGAACAUAAUAACUGAUGAAAUGAGACAACAGAUAGACGCUGAGAAAACCAGCUAUGACAAAAACAGGAAAUUGAUCAGCAUCAUUUUACGUCGAGGUUCCAGAGCUUUUAUGGGCCUUCGAACGGCAUUAAUGAAAGCCAAUCAACCUGAUUUAUCCAGACUCUUGAUGACUAAGGAUGAUGACACAAAGUCUGAGUACGAAAAGAAGUUGGCAAUGGCAAGGUCAUUCGUCGUCAGUACCAAAGAAAGAGGAGGUUCCAGAAACGAAUCAAAUAACGCUGAUCAUCAGCAGUCUCAGGGACCAAGAUGUAGGAUAAGUUUGGACGACUCAAAUGACCUAUUCCUCACCGUAAUGCCUUUCAAGGGGGAGAUCUACGUUCACAUUCGUCACCUCGCAGAAUCACAUGGCCGUUUCAUUGCCACUAAGAAGGGAGUUACCUUUCCUUUAGCCCGUUGGUUGAUGUUUGAAUCUCUUUUACCAGAUAUUCAAGACUAUUUAGAUAGUAAUGGGAAAGAAGACAAAGAAGUACAGUGGCAUGUUGGUGGGGGUGUCUUCGUUUCCUUAUCACCAGGCUAUCCGACAGUGGACAUACGACACUUCUGGAAGCCAGACGAUGCUCUGGAACCCGUACCUACAAGGAAAGGCGUUUCUCUAAACAAAAACAAAUUUGCAAGACUGAGAGAUGCCAUCGAAGAGAUGCAUGAAUAUGCGCCAGAAUUAAAAGACGCUGAAUUUUGUAUGCUCAGCGAGUCUCAUCAAAAUCAACUUGGAACGUUAAGCUGUCCCGAAUGUACCCCAUUUGGCUACGAUCCGCAAGACAACAUGUCAAUGGAAUGUAAUGCAGGAGAUCUACAACACACAGAAACUAUCGAGAGUGAUCUUGAAUGACAAUGAACACUUGAAGAAAGUAAUAAAUUAUGUGAACCUUACAGUAUAUAUUAUUUAUUGUGCUGUUCAUUUGUGUGCUUUAUUUUCAUUUUAACAAAUAAAAUGA